AUGGCGGCCGGGGAGCCAGGCGAUUUGGGCGUCUACAGCUUCAGAUUCCUGCCUCAGAAAACCUUCCAGUCUCUGAGCACCCCGCAGACUACCAGCCGGCUCCGCCAGUGGUCUAUGCUGGGUAGAAUCGAGGCGCAGGCGUUCGGGUUUGACCAGACGUUUCAGACUUAUCGCAAGGAUGAUUUCGUUAUGGCCUUUUUCAAAGAUCCAAAUGUCAUUCCCAAUUUGAAGUUACUUUCAGAAUCUUCUGGAGAGUGGCUUACAUUAGGAACUGAAGUGAAAAAAGUUGAAGCUAUAAACGUUCCUUGCACACAGCUUUCAAUGUCAUUUUUUAAUCGGUUAUAUGAUGAAGCUAUUGUACGAGACAAUGGCUAUAUUGUUAAAUGUCUAGAUUCUUUUUGUGAUCCCUUCCUUAUUUCUGAUGAGUUACGAAAAGUUUUGCUAGUGGAAGACUCAGAAAAAUAUGAAGUAUUCAGCCAACCAGAUAGAGAAGAGUUCCUGUUUUGUCUUUUCAAACAUCUUUGCCUUGGUGGAGCCCUUUGUCAAUAUGAAGAUGUAAUUAAUCCAUAUCUGGAAACAACAAAACUUAUCUAUAAGGAUCUAGUGAGUGUUCGGAAGAAUCCUCAAACCAAGAAAAUACAAAUUACCUCUUCUAUUUUUAAAGUUACAGCAUAUGAUUCUGUUGGUGUGUGCUACCCUUCAACAAAGAGUCAUGAACAGACAUUUUCUUACUUUAUUGUGGAUCCUAUUAAGCGUCAUGUUCAUGUUUUAUACCACUGUUAUGGCGUGGGGGAAGUGUCUUAA